GGAGUCGGAGGAGUCGGGGAAGGAACAAAGCGCGGCCUGCGGGCGGCGGCUGGGCUCGGCCGGCUGGGCCGCGCGGUGCGGGGCCUGCGGGCGGCGGCCCGGGCGCAGCGUUGAAGGGAAGCAGGCCGCAGCGGGGUCCGCGCCGGCCGGGCCAUGAAUGGGCUCCCCUCGGCCGAGGCGCCGGGUGGCGCUGGCUGCGCCCUAGCCGGGCUCCCUCCGCUGCCGCGCGGCCUCAGCGGUCUCCUCAACGCAAGCGGGGGCUCGUGGCGGGAGCUGGAGCGCGUCUACAGCCAGCGCAGCCGCAUCCACGACGAGCUGAGCCGCGCCGCCCGCGUCCCAGAUGGGCCCCGCUACGCUUCGGGCGCCACCAGCGCGGGACCCGCCGCCGGUCCCCCCGGUCCGCGUCGUCCUGUCAAUCUCGACUCAGCACUAGCAGCGCUGCGCAAGGAGAUGGUGGGGCUGCGGCAGCUGGACAUGUCCCUGCUGUGCCAGCUGUGGGGCUUGUACGAGUCAAUCCAAGACUAUAAGCACCUGUGCCAAGACUUGAGCCUGUGCCAGGACCUGUCAUCCUCCCUGCAUUCAGACAGCUCCUAUCCACCUGAUGCUGGCCUAUCUGAUGAUGAUGAACCUCCUGAUGCCAGCCUGCCCCCGGACCCGCCACCCCUCACUGUGCCCCAGACACACAAUGCCCGUGACCAGUGGCUGCAGGACGCCUUCCACAUCAGCCUCUGAAGAGCUGGGGGUGGGGGGAAUAUGCACCCAUGCAAAAGGCUCAGAAACUCACCCGUAGUAAGUACUCAGACUUCUAGUGCCUGCUUUCCCCCAUACCACCUCACUUUACAGGAAGGCAAGGCUUGGGCCCCGCAGAGGCAAAAUUGCCAGCCCUCUCUCUCCUGACUCUGGUUAGCUGGCACUGGGGCAGGCACCUGGCCUACAGCCUUUGCCCAUGGCACUGGACCUCCACUUCUGCCACACGUGUGCACCCCAGCUUGGCCAACCUUCAGUCCGGUGGUGGGGCCCAAAGCAUCUGGCACUCCCCUUAGCGUCUCUGGGAUUGGGAUGAGUGCCUGGUUCCCAUCACCUUUUCACCUUUUGCUGCUACUGGCAGCUGCUGGCUCAGGGGCAUCCCACCUCUGGUCCCUGGGUUCCACUGCUCUAGACCAGGGCAUCCCCAUUCCUGCACCCACCCACGGCCAGGAGGGCCAAGGCUCCAUGCUGGAUAUUUAAGUUUAGGGGCCAGACUCCUGGGCACGGAGGUAAAUAAAUACUCUCUCAGCGUU